AUUUCGUUCUGUUCUCUCGUUGGGCCUUAAAUGUUGUUCACUCAGCUCGUUGUGCUUCUGCUGCUGAUCAAUUGGAGUCAUGGAGAGCGCAGGACUCGACAGACACGAUUGCGAUCGACAUACGAUCGGGUAUUCGGUCGCAGGAAGCGUGCAGUAAUCUUUCCACCAGGCUCGUAUUUCAAGUUCACUUGUAAUUUUGGCACUAAUUUGCUAUCGGCCUAUCCGCGAGGCAUCAGUUUCGCUCUGGAGGAGGCGGCCUACUUUCCCAUUCCUGGCAGCAGGGACGACCUCUACCCAAAGCGCUUUCUGCCAAAGAAGACAACAACAGCGCAGCCCUCGACGAGCACAACAGAGACCUAUGUUUACAUACCCGGCACGGACUGGCGCUUCAAGGCUCAGGCAUUACCGAAGCCGAAGCCAAAGCUUAGGCCCAGGCCACAGCCGCCAAAGACACAGCGCAUCGAUCUGGAUAGCCACACCAAUCCUCACAAAUGGCAGCACUGGGCAAAGUAUGGCUCAAGCCAGGCUCAAAAGUGGCGGAACUCUGCCGCAACACUGAGCAACAAGCGCAAGUGGGCAAAGUGGACCACACCUGCGCCCCAAUGGACAGCUGCCUGGACAGGUCGUUGGAGCAGAGCUACUCCACGAGCAAUUGUUGAAUCUCCCCAUUUCCAUGGUCAUCGCGAUCGACGGCAGCUCUUCGAGCACUUCAGUGGACUCAGUGCACGCUUUGGCAUCGAUGUCAAGUCCUGCAUACUGCGCACCAUAUGCGACUCCAAGCGUCUCCUGUUGCCACCAGGCUAUUCCAUGCUGCAGGAUAUGCUGCGCUUGGUGUUCACCAUGCCCCGCAUAGAUGGACUGGACGAUGAUUACUCACGUAUCAUGAAAAAGGACGCUGAUGCCUGCGCUCGGGAGCUGAAAACCAAGUGCAAUAUGAGCCUAUUGAUUUGGCUAUUGAGCGGUAGAAUGGAUCAAAUGAAUGCUGUUCGUGAUUAA